CAGCCACUGCAGCGACGAUGGCCAUGUUGCUCUCGACGAGAUUGGUCGCGGCCCGCGUCGGCGCCCCCCUCGCGCGGCGGGCGGCGCGCCCCCUGAGCGACGCCGCGGCGGGCCUCCAGCUGAGCUUCAGCUCGCCCCACACGGUCUUUUAUUUCGAGCAGGGCGUCGACUCCGUGACGCUGCCCGGCGUCUCCGGCGAGUACGGCGUCACGUCGGGCCACUCGCCCCUCGCGGAGCAGCUCAAGCCGGGCGUCGUCUCCAUCAUCCACGCCGCGGGCGACGAGCCGGAGAAGUACUUCGUCUCCGGCGGCUUCGCGUUCACGGACGACGUGAAGACGGAGGUGUCGGCGCUCGAGGCGAUCAAGCUCGAGGACCUCGACGCCGACAAGAUCAAGGCCGAGUACUCCAAGGUCGCGAGCGCCGAGGACGACGAGUCCAAGCUCGUCGCCGAGACGACCAAGGCCAUGGCCGCGGCCAUCGGCGUCACGCUCUAGGCGGCGCGCGCGAGACCCCCGCGGCGCCGGAAGUCGACGCGGCCGCGGCGCGGAUCCCCCUUUCCCCCCACACGCCCUAACUAUCACCGGAAAGCC